AUGAAUCAACUGUUGAUCCUGAAGAAACGGUGCAUUUUAAAUCAUGGGGCGAAUACACCUGUUAGUCGUCGUUCAAUAUUUUAUGAAACAUUUCCAAAUAUAUCUCAUUUUGAUAAUUCAAUAUCAGCAGUUUCAUCAAUAUACACUUAUCCAGAUUUACCAUUACAUGUAACACAUGAUCAUGAUGAUGAUCGUUCAUCAAAUGUUAGUCAAGAUUUAGACUCCGAUCCUCAAUCAAAAGUAACAAAUACACCACCGAAAAGAAAUGUGAAACCAACAGAAAAAUAA